AUGACUUACGAAAUAAAGGAAAUGAUUCAAAAACACAUUGUGGAACCAGCACCAACAACGCCCUCGUUUCUCUCACCUUUAUUUCUAAUAAAAAAGAACAGCAAAAAGAGUCGAGUGAUUUUCAAUUUAAAGGCUUUGAAUCGUUAUAUGAUGCCAAGACAUUUUCAUCUAUUCCGUUACCAGCAGAUGCCCGAAUUUCUACAGCCUGCCGAUUGGAUGGUCAAACUGGAUCUCAGUCAGGCUUAUUACCACAUACCGAUCAAACAAGAACACAGACGUUUCCUCCGUAUCAGUUACAACGGUUUCCUGCUGCAAAUGACGUGCUUACCAUUUGGCCUGGCAUCAGCGCCGAGAAUGUUUGCCACAGUCACAAACUGGACAGCAGAAAUGCUCCGUAUGAAAGGUCUUCGUUUAGUAGUCUAUUUAGACGAUUACCUGAUUGUUCAUCAGUGCAAAACGACUCUCCGAACUCAGGUAAUGAUGGCCAUCAAAUUCUUAACCAGCCUAGGUUGGUGUCUAAACACGGAAAAAUCUGUCACCACUCCGAGAAGGACAGUAGAGUUUCUGGGAAUCCACUGGGACACCGACACCAAUACAGCGUCCCUACCCCCAGAAAAAGUAAGCAGAAUACGCCAUCAUCUGCUGUCUCUCCUAGCUGCAGGCUCAUGGACCCUCAAGCAGGCGCAACGCCUCUUAGGGUGCCUCAAUUUUGCAACCUUCAUCACCCAUCGGGGAAGGUUGCAUUGCCGGACGUUGCAGCGUCACUGCAAUCUCCUUCGCAAAGAACCUUUAGAAACUACUCGUUUCAGCGAAGAGGUAUCUAUCGAACUGGAAUGGUGGUUAGAGAACAUCAAUCAACAGAGACCGAUACAUCCCGUAGACAAACCGGUAAACUACUUGAUAACAGAUGCCUCGGAUAUUCAAUGGGGUGCUGUAGUAAACAACAAAAAUAUUCACGGAGUUUGGAGUCCACAUCAGAGAAGAUGGCAUUGCAACCUCAAAGAGAUGUACGCUGUAAUAGCUGCAAUAACAGCGCAGGGGUCAGUCCUCAGAAAAUCUUCAGUAAUCGUGCAGAGCGACAACAAAACCGUUGUGUCAUACGUGAAAAACGAGGGAGGGACGAAGUCACUUCCGCUGUUAGAACUGACCAAACAGCUCUUAGCCCUAGUGGACGAUCUCGAUGUUGUAUUAGUUCCUCAUUACCUUCCCGGAAUAUACAACGUGGAGGCCGACGGCCUCUCCCGAAAUCGAACAGCCUCCGAAUGGCAUCUGAAACAAGUAGAAUAUCAAAGAAUCUUCAGCCUAUGGGGAACCCCCGAAAUAGAUCUCUUUGCAUCAAAACACGCUUACGUCGUUCCGAAUUAUGUUACCAGAGACUUUUCAGACUCGAACGCUUGCUAUCACGACGCGUUCAGCAAAUCUUGGACAUACCAUCUAGCUUGGAUUUUUCCACCACCGGGUCUCAUCCCGCGUGUACUGCGCCACCUAAACAAAGCGGAAGGCCGGUACAUAAUAAUUGCACCCAGGUGGACGAAACCCUUUUGGCGCCCAGACCUGAAGCGCCGAGCUCUAAAACGCCCAACGAAGAUCCGGAACCUAGAGCGCAACUUGGUAGACACCUUCACGGGACGACCGCCGACUCGGGUGUCCAGCCUUCAUCUGGAAGCCUGGCUCAUUUCGGGUGGGACGCACUGACCGACAACUGGUCUGUCCAGGAGAAAGAGUUACUAUCAUCGUGUUGGAGAACAUCUACUCUUCGAACCUAUAAGCCCAUUUGGCAGAAGUGGUUGUUGUGGUGUCAGAAACAUAAUUUAAAUUGUCAUUCUCCUAACCCAGCAGAUGUAGCACGUUACUUAGCUUUUCUUUAUUUAACUGAAAAAUUGGCUUAUCGUACCAUUCUUGUUCAUAAAUCAACCAUAGCAUCUAUUUGUGAAACUUCUUGCAAUGUGAAGAUAUCGAGUAGUCACAUCGUAAAACAUGUUUUAAAAGCGAUUUCUCUAGCGAAACCGAUACCGCCUAAGGCUCCCAUAUGGGAUGCAAGAAUCCUUAUUAGAUACCUCAAAGAAACUAAUCCCGACAUCAGUAAUUUAUACGAUGUUUCUAGACGUACCGCCACUAUACUACUUCUUUGUUCUAGUCGUAGAGUACACGACCUCUCACUAUUACACUGCGAUUCAAAGCACUUCAUAGAUAAUGAGGAUAGUAUUAUCUUGCACCCGGAAUUUGGA